AUGCGUUGGUCCGUUCUCGAUACAGUGUUACUGGCCGUGAUUUCCUUCCAUCUAAUCCAAGCUCCUUUCACUAAAGUAGAAGAGAGUUUCAAUAUCCAAGCCAUCCAUGAUAUUUUGAAUUAUAGUGUUUUUGACAUUUCCCAAUAUGACCAUUUGAAGUUCCCCGGUGUGGUUCCCAGAACGUUCGUUGGUGCUGUGAUUAUUGCAAUGCUUUCCAGACCUUACCUGUACCUCAGUUCUCUGAUCCAGGCUGCCAAGCCCUCUUCUAUAGACGUUCAGUUGGUCGUUAGAGGUGUUGUGGGGCUUACGAAUGGGAUUUCUUUCAUUUAUUUGAAGAAUGCUUUGCAAGACAUGUUUGACAAGAUUACGCAGAAGAAAAAGGAAGAGAAUGAGAACCAGGAAAUAUACGUUUACGAUAGCGCUGGUUCAUGGUUUCUUUUAUUUUUGAUUGGUAGUUUCCAUUUGAUGUUCUAUAGCACCAGAACCUUACCUAAUUUCAUCAUGACCCUACCGUUAACUAACGUCGCAUUGGGUUGGGUCUUGUUGGGUCGUUACAAUGCCGCGAUUUUUCUGUCUGCAUUCGUUGCAAUUGUAUUCAGACUAGAAGUUGCUGCUUUAAGCGCAGGUAUUGCAUUAUUUUCUGUCAUUUUCAAGAAAACUUCAUUACCUGAAGCAAUCAAAUUUGGUAUCUUCGGCCUAGGGUUAGGUUCCAUCAUUGGUAUCACAAUUGAUUCAUAUUUCUGGCGAGAAUGGUGUCUCCCUGAAGUGGAUGGCUUUUUAUUCAACGUUGUAUCUGGCUAUGCUUCCAAAUGGGGGGUUGAACCAGUAACGGCUUAUUUCACCCAUUACUUGAGAAUGAUGUUUAUGCCACCAACUGUGUUACUACUGAAUUACUUCGGCUAUAAAUUGGCCCCCGCCAAUCUAAAAAUUGUUUCAUUAGCAUCUCUUUUCCAUGUUGUCAUCAUGUCUUUGCAGCCCCACAAGGAAUGGAGAUUUAUUAUCUAUGCUGUUCCCUCCAUUUUGUUGUUAGGCGCCACUGGGGCUGCACAUCUGUGGGAAAAUAUGAAAGUAAGAAAGAUAACUAAUGUCCUAUUCUUGACUAUAUUGCCCUUGUCCAUAUUGACAUCUUUUCUCAUUUCAAUGGCGUUUUUGUAUGUCUCAAGAAUGAACUAUCCAGGUGGUGAAGCUUUGGCUUCCUUUAAUAAUAUGAUUGUAGAAAACAAUAUUAAAAACGUAACUGUCCAUAUGAGCGUACCUCCAUGUAUGACAGGUGUUACCUUAUUUGGCGAAUUGAACCGUGAUGUAUACGGUGUCAUUUACGAUAAGACUGAGAACGCUACUAUAUUGGAAGACAUUUGGCCUUCGUUUGAUUAUUUGAUUACCCAUGAACCAACGGCCGCCCAAUUACCAUUCGAAAACACAACCACGCAUCAUUGGGAACUCGUCAGCUCAACUAAAAUGUUUACCGGAUUCGAUCCAUCCUAUAUCACCAACUUUGUUUUCCAAGAGAAUGUUAACGUUUUGUCCCUAAUUAAACAAAUUAUUUUCGAUAAAACACCUGCUGUUUUUUUGAAGGAAUUGACUACUAAUUCCAUUAUUAAAAGCGAUGUAUUUUUCACUUACAAGAGAGCCAAACAAAAUGAAAGAACAAACUAA